UUCCUGCAAACUGUGUGCACCUUGGUCCCAGCCCUCGUUUUCCAUCUGUCUCCCAGCCCUGCUGUCCAGUCAGGUACCCCUAAACCCUGUCCAGAUCGAGGAGAAGCUGGUGCCCCCAUCUGUGAUCCAGCCUGACACAGAGGCCGAGAAGCAGCUGAUUCGGGAGGAGUACGAGGAGCGCCUGGCCCGGCUGAGGGCCGACUACGAGGCGGAGCAGGAGUCCAGGGCCCGGCUGGAGGAGGACAUCACUGCCAUGCGCAACUCGUAUGACGUGAAGCUGUCCGAGCUGGAGGAAAACCUGCGAAAGGAGACAGAGGCUGUCCUGAAGGCGGAGGUCCUCAAGGCCCAGGGCAUGUCCAGGGCUGAGUUUGCCAACAUGUCUGAGGACUCACCCACUUUCCACUACGAGACGGCCGUGAAACCCGAGGUCUACUCCCUGCCGCGCACUCUGCCCGGCGAGCACGUCUCCAGGACUGAGGUUUCUCCCAGCUUCGAGGAGCUGCCCGAGGCGGAGACCUCCAAGUCUGACGUGUCUCUGGGGUCUGACAAGUCUUUCGCACUCGAGGAAACCUCCGUGUCCGAGGCCUUCCUGGGGCCUCGGGAGCCCUCCAACCUGGAGUUCUUCAUGCCCGAGGUGGAGGCCAAGGGCAGAUAUUCCCCAGACGAGUAUCUCAGCCAGGAGGCCGCGGGGCCCCUGCUGCAGGAGGGGUGCGUCCCUGAGGAAGAGGAACCACAGCGGAUCGCCCUGGAGCUGUUACCAGGCCUGCACGACCCGUUUGCCGAGGUGGAAGCCAAGCUGGCCAGGCUGUCCUCCGCCGUGGUGGCAGCCGAGGUGCCCCUGGCAGACCUACCCAAGGUCCCCGCACAGCACCCCUCCCUGACGGAUCUGCUGGGGCCCAGGCAUGGUGACAUUAGGUCUGAAGCUGAGACAGCUGACUACCUCCUGCUCAAGACUGAAGCACAAAAGGCCACAGGGAGUGAGGGGAAGGCUUUAAGUCUGCCCACUUGUGUGGAGAGAGAAAACUAUCUGCCAGCCUCUGGACAGGAUCACUGGGAGGUUGACCAGGGUCCAGAAAUGGCCGAGGAGGUGGUGUCGGCAGCAGAGCCUGGCGUAGGGGCCGAGGCUGAGGCCUGGGGGGCCUUGGAGGCUCAGCCUCAGCCCUCGCUGGUCAUGACGAGCGUGAGAAGGGACAGUGUGGGCAUGGAGUUGGCGGUGCUGACCGACGACCUGCUGCCCGCCGUGGACCAGCAGCAGGUGCUUGCCCGUUUGCAGCUGUUGGAGCAGCAGGUGGUCGGCGGGGAGCAGGCCAAGAACAAGGACCUGAAGGAGAGGCACAAGCGGAGGAAGCGGUAUGCGGACGAGCGCAAAAGGCAGCUGGUGGCAGCCUUGCAGAACUCGGAUGAGGACGGCGGGGACUGGGUGCUGCUCAACGUCUACGACUCCAUCCAGGAGGAGGUGCGCGCCAAGAGCAAGCUGCUGGAGAAGAUACAGAGGAAGCUUCGGGCGGCGGAGGUGGAAAUCAAGGACCUGCAGUCGGAGUUCGAGCUGGAAAAGAUCGAUUACCUGGCCACCAUCCGCCGGCAGGAGCGGGACUCCAUGCUCCUCCAGCAGCUCCUGGAGCAGGUGCAGCCUCUCAUCCGCCGCGACUGCAACUACAGCAACCUGGAGAAGAUCCGGCGCGAGUCCUGCUGGGAUGAGGACAACGGCGUCUGGAAGAUCCCUGAGCCCAUCAUCGUAAAAACCAGCCUCCCAGUAGCAGUUCCAACAGGGCCACAGAACAAGGUCGUCCGCAAAACCUCUGCCGCAGACAACGGUGAAGCAGGCAUGGAGGAAGACCGCUACAAGCUGAUGCUCAGUCGCAGCGACAGUGAAAACAUUGCCAGUAACUACUUCCGGUCCAAGCGAGCCAGCCAGAUCCUCAGCAUGGAUCUCAUGAAGAGCCUCGCGCAUCACAGCUCUCCCCCCGGCCUCAGCUCCCCACUCAACAACACCGCGGCCAUCGUGCCCACCCAGGCCCCCGAAAUGCCCCAGCCCCGGCCCUUCCGCCUCGAGUCCCUCGACAUCCCCUUCACCAAGGUCAAGCGUAAGAAAAGCAAAAGCAGCUUCGGCAGUGAGCCUCUGUGAACUUGGCCUCCUGCUGCUGCCCUGCCUUUGAGCUUCCCGGAGACUGCCAGGCCCUCCCAGGGCAGCCCCAGCCAGGCCUCCUCCCACCUGCCCCCACGGUGUCCGGGAGCCCAGGGGGCCCCUUGCCCUGGGAAGAGCUUUCCCUUCCCUGUUACCCAGAGAGCCUCCUCUGCCCAGACCAUGAGCACUUGGGAGGCUGGGCCACCCCUGCAGAGGUGCGCUCGGGCUGUCCACGCCUCACCAGUGUUCUGCCUGCCACCUGCCACAGCCUGCCGGUGUUCCUCCGUGCCUCGAUGGGCUCAGAAACCUCAAGGCUUUCACCAGCAGCCCCGACAGAGUGGGGAGCCACUUCCGCAUGGAUCAAGCACAGUGUGUUGGAGAUGGACGAUGGUGCCUCCUCCCCUUGCCUUCCUGGGGGGAAGCUGGGCAGCAUGGGCACGGGAGUCCUGGGGCAGCUGUGCCACGCUGCCCUCUCCCGGCCGGUCUGUGGCCUAGAGGACGCUGCCCCGCAUGAAGCUGCCCCAAUAAACUGCCUUUUACCGAUGA